AUGUACGCGGAGCUAGGAGGUGCUUUGCAUCUGGAGAAACCUAUGCCAAGGAUUGAACCUGAGCACAAUUUGGCCAUAGCGGGCUAUGUUUAUCUAAGUAAAGGCACACAACCUAGGAAAGAGGAAGGUGUGGGUCCUGUUCGGCCAGAAGAAAAAGAAGCACCAAUAACAACGAACCAGGAUGCUCAGAAUGUUUGCAAGAUGGUUGUGAAACCCCUGAAAGGCACUGCGGGCUGUGUCUGUACAGACAAGGGCCCGUGCUUCUGUGAUGGCAUCAAAGGCGAUAAGGGUGAGAAAGGCUUUCCCGGUUGUCCUGGUACUCCUGGCCAGAAAGGAUUACCUGGUCCAGAAGGUAUACCUGGACCUCAGGGACCCAAGGGUAGUCCUGGGAACACUGGCCCUUAUGGACCUCCUGGUUUACCAGGAUGCAAUGGCACUAAGGGUGAGCAAGGAUUUCCAGGACCUCCAGGGACACCAGGUUAUCCAGGGUUACCGGGAGCCCCGGCUCAUGAAGAAGGUAUAGGAAAUGAUGGAAGAGGUGACCCUGGGUUACCAGGAAUCCCAGGACGUCAGGGUCACAUGGGUGUUAAAGGGAUUGGAGAAAAGGGAGAUCAGGGUAUGAAAGGGUUGACAGGACCCCCUGGACCACCAGGAGCAGUUAUUGUGACACUGACUGGACCAGACAACCUAACGGACUACAAAGGGGAUAAGGGAGACAAAGGAUCAAUGGGUGAGCCAGGACCCCCAGGACCAAAGGGAAAACCUGGGAAAGAUGGUACCCCUGGUUUCCCUGGUCUUCCAGGAGCUAAGGGUGAAAAGGGUUUCCCUGGAUUAACUGGAGACACUGGUGUUAAGGGAUUUAAAGGAGACAUUGGCCCACCAGGAUCUCGUGGUCCAACAGAAUAUUACAAUGGAUACCUGGAGAAAGGUAAUGAUGGAGCUCCGGGCCCUCCGGGACCCAAAGGAGAACGUGGUCCACAUGGGGCAUCAAGACCUGGUCUUAGGGGUACCCCAGGAUCUCCAGGAGUCAAAGGACGUAAAGGAGAGAGAGGACCACCCGGCAUGAACAUAAUGGGGCCUCCAGGACUUCCUGGAUUCCCAGGCACCCCAGGCUACAAGGGGUUACCUGGUCUUCCAGGACCACCAGGUAAAGUAAUUUUUCGGAAUGGUCCUCCAGGAGACUAUGGAGAUCCAGGCCAUUUGGGGUCUCCAGGCAUGCCUGGAGUCUAUGGGCCCAAAGGAGAAGCAGGACCACUGUGUACCCAAUGCACUUAUACUCCAGGACCCCCAGGUCUGCCAGGUUUGCCUGGGUUAGAUGGUGAAAAAGGAACUCAAGGGGCUCAAGGACCUGAUGGUUUAAAGGGAAGCCCAGGAUCUCCAGGAUAUACAGGACUACCAGGCUUUCCAGGAUUCCCAGGUGCUCCUGGUGAUCAGGGACGAAAGGGAGAAAAAGGUGAAACAUCACAUGAAGGAGAAGUAGGAGAUCGAGGUGAUCCAGGGAACAGAGGAGAGCCUGGGAAAAAGGGCUCAGAUGGAAUUCCUGGAAAGCCUGGCACAAAAGGAUUACCAGGCAGAAAAGGCGAACCGGAAGUCCCGGUGACCCUGGGCACCCAGGACCCAUGGGACCAGCUGGACAAUCCAACUACGGACCACCAGGAAGACCUGGACCAAAGGGAGCCACAGGUGUACCUGGAUUUCCUGGAUCACCUGGAAAUGACGGAAAACCAGGGUCCAUGGGACCAAGUGGUAACCCAGGUCCUCCUGGUUCUGAUGGUGAAGCAGGAUUCCCAGGAAUUGGAGCUCCCGGGCCUCCUGGACAUAAGGGAGAUAGAGGUUUUCCAGGAGCCGAAGGAUCACCAGGUUGUCCAGGAGACACGGGGAAACCUGGGUCACCUGGAAUACCAGGGCUCCCAGGAGAAAAGGGAGACCCAGGAACAGCGAUGCCUGGAAAACCAGGAAUCACUGGUUCUCAAGGAGAAAAAGGAAACUCCGGAGGAGAUGGAGAAAAUGGGCUCCCUGGACUUCCAGGACCUCCAGGAUCCCCAGGAAAUGAAGGACCUAAUGGGCCACCAGAAGAGCAGAAGGCAGGGAGAGAUAGAAAAUGGACCUGUGAUUUCACUGAUACUGGAAACUCUCUCUACUGAUGCAGGAGAGCCUGGCUUUCCUGGACCUCCAGGAUAUGAUGGGCUUCCCGGAAUCUGCAUACCGGGUGCAAAGGGAACCCAGGGACUUCCAGGUUUAAAUGGACUAAAAGGACCACAAGGAGACAGAGGCUUGGACGGUCCUAAAGGGGACCCAGGGAUACCAGGCUUAGACAGGUCAGGAUCUCCAGGAGAACCUGGGCCACCAGGACUGCCAGGUUAUCAAGGGGAUAAAGGACUAGUCGGUCCAGCAGGACAUCCAGGAGCUCCAGGACACCCAGGUCCACCAGGCCAAAAGGGAGAAGUUGGUAUGAUGGGUUAUCCUGGAACACUCGGGCCUCCUGGGAUUCCUGGGAACCCAGGCACCCCAGGACACAAGGGACUUUUGGGAGAACUUGGCCAGAAAGGAGAGAAGGGUACUCCAGGUCUACCAGGAUUACAAGGCCAUGAUGGAAUGCCUGGAAGGCCAGGACUACCAGGACUCAGAGGAGAUCCUGGCACCAUGGGUCACCCUGGAAAACCAGGACCAGCUGGAGGACCUGGAAGCAUGGGGCACAUGGGAAUGCCAGGCCCAAAGGGAAAAAAAGGAACUGCAGGCCACCCAGGUGUAACUGGCCGACCAGGCCUCCCUGGAAUUCAGGGCAUGAAGGGACAGAAAGGAGAACCAGGCUAUGCAAAGGAUGUCCAGCCAGGACCUCCAGGACCAAUGGGAGAACCAGGACCCCCAGGUCCCUUAGGCAAGAAAGGAGCAAGAGGCCCGCCAGGCCUGCCAGGCCCAGUUGGACCUGCUGGAACUGAAGGAAACCAGGGAAGUUCUGGAAACCGUGGUCCUCUAGGACAACCUGGACCUGCGGGUGAUUUGGGACUUAAAGGAUGCAAAGGUUUCCCUGGCCCUCCAGGAGCCCCGGGACCUCCUGGACCAAUGGGUGAAAAAGGUACACAAGGUGGUGACGCAUUUCCUGGUCCUGCAGGAGAAAAAGGAGAACUAGGAGACAAAGGAAAUGAAGGAAGUCCAGGUUUACCUGGCAUCUAUGGUAUAAAAGGUGUGAUGGGAGAUGUGGGAGCAAUAGGCCCCAUUGGCAUGACAGGACCACCAGGGCUACCGGGUUUUCCUGGUGCACCGAUUCCAGGCCAAAAAGGAAAUCAGGGUCCUCCAGGAUUGAGAGGAAAUCCAGGUGAUCCUGGCCCCCCAGGCCCACCUUGUGAAUACACAUUAGGAAUAAAAGGAGCAAAAGGUUUUCCAGGAGACCAAGGUCCAACAGGUCAACCAGGAACCAUAGGAGACCCUGGGCCCCCUGGGCAUCUGGGAAUGCCAGGCACCCCUGGUUUUCCAGGUUUUCAAGGCGAUCCUGGAUUUCAAGGAUUUCCUGGCAUGACAGGACAAAAAGGCAAUCUAGGACCCCCAGGACCAUUUGGGCCUCCAGGGUCAAUUGGGCCAAAAGGACCUCCGGGUCAACCUGGAGACCCUGGAACAAUUAAAAUUUUAUCUCUGCCAGGGAGCCCAGGGCCUCCUGGUCAACCUGGAGACCCAGGAAUGCAGGGAGAACCAGGACCACAAGGACCAGUAGGAUACCCAGGACUUCAGGGACCAAGAGGUCAACCAGGAAAACCAGGAAAACCAGGAAUUCCUGGACCAGUUGGAGAAAAAGGCAACAAAGGAUCUAAAGGAGAAAUUGGACCACCUGGAUCAGUUGGAUUGCCUGGAUUAAAAGGAAAACCUGGAAACUUUGGACCACCUGCAACUGGGCCAUCCAUCAGGGGCUUUAUCUUCACCCGUCACAGCCAAUCGACAGAGAUUCCUUCAUGCCCAGGAGGAACGGUGCCCCUUUAUAGUGGCUAUUCUCUUCUCUUUGUGCAGGGAAAUGAACGAUCUUAUGGACAAGACCUUGGAACUCUUGGUAGCUGCCUACAACGUUUUACCACCAUGCCUUUCUUGUUCUGUAAUACCAAUGAUGUAUGCAAUUUUGCUUCCCGAAAUGACUAUUCAUACUGGCUGUCAACAACGGCUCAGAUGCCAAUGAACAUGGCCCCAAUUACCGGCAGAGCUUUGGAGCCUUUUAUUAGCAGAUGUACAGUCUGUGAAGGUCCUGCCAUGGCCAUAGCGGUUCACAGUCAAACCACUGACAUACCAUUAUGUCCUGAGGGCUGGAUUUCUCUUUGGAAAGGAUUUUCCUUUGUCAUGUACACAAGUGCAGGCUCAGAAGGCUCUGGGCAAGCACUAGCAUCCCCUGGUUCCUGCCUGGAAGACUUCCGCGCCAAUCCAUUUAUAGAAUGUCACGGAAGGGGAACCUGCAACUACUAUUCAAAUUCUUACAGUUUCUGGUUGGCUUCAUUAAAUCCAAGGAGAAUGUUCAGAAAACCUAUUCCAUCCACUGUGAAAGCCGGAGAGCUAGAGAGGAUAAUCAGUCGCUGUCAGUCGCCGGCUGCGACGAGUGGAUGCACGCACGCACGCACGACGUCGGCCGCCGGGUCCAUCGCCCGCUACAAAAAUGUCGGCCUGGCGUCACCCGCCCGCGCUGGGCCGGCGCCGCCGCGCUUCCGCCCCGUUUCUGGUCACCUGAUCAGGCCAGGCUACGACUACGGCUCCUCUAAGGGGACAGUCCCGGUCGUUCUCUCCCUCUGUGGAGCCUCUGCGGGGCCAUCCAGCCGGCUGCCUGUCCCCGGCGUCUUCAUGCGCCCAGCCAACGGCCUUUGA